CCCGCGUCCGACCCGGGACCGCUCGUGGCGGAGCCGCGGAGGCGAGAGGAGGAGGAGGAGGAGGAGGAGGAGGAGGAGGAGGGAGACAACCAGAGAGAAACGUGUCUUGGGGAUUAAUAGGAGGCAGGAGGAGGGAGAGGUGCACACAGGGAAACAUCUGGACCAUGAAGGUGGCCUUCAGAUUGCUUCUCCCACUUGUUCUUGUGCUGGUCUCGGAGGUGAGCGGGCAGCGGAGGAAACCCCCCCGGAAACCCACCCGCCCGCCCCCCGAGUUUGUUGAGCCCGUGGAGCCCACAGAGCUGCCACCACCGCUGCCCCCGGGGCCCCCUUCCAUCUUCCCUGACUGCCCCCGGGAAUGCUACUGCCCCCCGGACUUCCCCUCUGCCCUGUACUGCGACAGCCGCAACCUGCGCAAGGUCCCCAUCAUCCCGUCCCGCAUCCACUACCUCUACCUCCAGAACAACUUCAUCGACGACCUCCCGGAGGAGUCCUUCAGGAAUGCCACGGGGCUGAAAUGGGUCAACCUCGACAACAAUCGCAUCCGGAAGGUGGACAGGCGGGUCCUGGAGAAGCUGGAAAACCUCAUCUUCCUCUACAUGGAGAAGAACCAGCUCAAGGAGGUGCCUGCCUUCCUGCCGCCCAACCUGGAGCAGCUGCGUCUGAGCAGGAACCAGAUCUCCAAGAUCCCCGCUGGGGUCUUCAACAAGCUGGAGAACCUGGUGCUCUUGGAUCUGCACCACAACAAGCUAAGCGAUGGGGUCUUCAACAAAAACACCUUCAAAGGACUCAAGAACCUCAUGCAACUCAACCUUGCCCACAACAUCCUGAGGAAAAUGCCUCCUGGGGUUCCCAAUGCCAUCCACCAGCUCUUCCUGGACAGGAACAACAUUGAGGACAUCCCCAGUGACUACUUCAAGGAGUUCCCCAACCUGGCAUUCAUCCGGCUCAACUACAACCAGAUCUCUGACAAGGGGCUCCCCAAGAACUCCUUCAACCUCACCAACUUGCUGGUGUUGCACUUGGCCCACAACAAGCUCACCAAUGUCCCUUUCAUCAGCCCCAAGCUGGAGCACCUCUACCUGAAUAACAACUCCAUCGACAAAAUCAACGGGACACAGAUCUGCCCCACCUCGCUGAUGUCCAUCCAGGACUUCUCUCCCUCCGACCUGGACAGCGUGCCCCGGCUCCGGUACCUGCGGCUGGAUGGGAACCUCCUGAAACCCCCCAUCCCCUUGGACCUGAUGAUGUGCUUCCGCCUCCUGCAGUCCGUGGUGUUCUAGCCCUGCCCGGCAGCGCGGCUCUCCCAGGACUUGGCUUUGCACAGAGACUCGACCCGCAUCCAUGUUUGAGAUGUGGGACCCUCUUUGCUUCCCUCUCCCCAUGCUCACACCCCACCUCCAUCCCUCCUCCCUGCCCCUCUUUCCUUGGGGACCACUGUCUGUGGGACAGCACCGUGUCAAGCAGCCACCCCAGGUUGCAGCAUCAGCCUGGGGUGGCUGCCAUGCUCCCCCUAGCUCCCUGCCUGUGGGCUCUGCCUUCCCUGCCCUCACCCAGGCCAGCUCUGGAGCUGGCUCUGCCUCUCCCCUUCCACCCAGCAGCGUUUCAGGAGAUGGCAUUCGGUCCAAGCCAAAAGCAUCUCUGGAUGGAGCUGAUGAGGAAGCCCAGGGGCCAGCUUGCUGCAGGACUCGGGUCACACCAUCACUCUGGGAUGCACAUGGAGAGCUUGUGAUGUUCCCGGGGAAAGAUCCUCUGUGAUGGAGGUAGAGCAAGGGUGCCCUGGGCUCCCUGUGUGCCAAGGGUGCAGGGGCACAAGGUGAUGCCAGCGGGUGGCUGGGGGAGCAAGAUAUGUGCAAGCAGAUGGUGGCUGGUCUGGCAAUGACACCUCAUGGCCAUGUCCCAGGGCCCCAGGUGAGGGACACGCUGGGGGGACUUUGCCCUUGGCUCCGGGGGUUAUUCCCUCACGGUGGUGUGGCUUUGGCAGGAGGGAGCGGGGAGGGUGCCCGGCCCCUGCGCUGGAGCUGGGCUCUGCUGCGCCCUGGGUGGGUUGCACCUUCCCCCCAGCAACACACCAUAAACCCUCCUUUGCAGAGCAGCCCCUUCCCCAGCUUUCAUCCCGGCAGCAUCAUUCCAUGGUGCUGCAGCCCCCUCCCAGCUUUCUGCAUCCCCGUGCUGCAGAGAUGCAGGGCUCAGCGCAUCGGCUUCCAGCUAAACCCUGCACUUCCCAAUGCAGGACCCAAUUCCUGUGGGAUCCCCAUGCCCAUGACCUCCCCUGGGCAUGGGACCCCCAGGCAGAGCAGAGCCAGCAGCUCUGCACUGGUGCCAGCAGGACAUUCAUGUUUAGGUACCCGAGGGCAGAUGCUGAUGUGGGUGGAAGGCUGGGCUCUGCUGGGGCUGGGUUGACCUGUAAGACCUCUGCUCCUGCCCCUGUCCCCUCCUUGACUCCCACCUCCUGGAAGUUUUACUCUCAGUUGCUUUCUUGUACCAAACACGUGUGACUGGUUUUGCCUCUUUUUAUUUCGGUUAGAAAAAAAAAAAAAGGAAAGAAAAAGAAAAGGGAAGAAAGACUCUUUUAGAAAAGCUGGUUUUUAUUCUCCCUGUUUCACAUGUAUCGCUUCCCUCUUUGAUAGCUGUACUACAUAUAUAGGGUGUCCGGGUUUAGGGGGGGGUUGGUCUCUCUUUUUUCUUCCUGAUUCUCAGGAUUUAGAUUUAAGGCCAAGCAUUAGAGGGGAAAGAAAAAAAAACCCAACUGAAAUCAGCAUUAAAGCUAUAAACCAAAAAAACCAGCUUGGUACCUCCUUUGUGUUCAGCCACCCUUCCCCAAGACAGGCACGGACGGGCACUGUGUCCUGCUCCCUGGGAAUGGGAUGAGGAUGCUCCCUGCAGUCUGGGAAUGCACCAGCAGCCCUGUGAGCUGUGUGCUCCACUCGAAUCAUGGAAGGUUUAUUCACCCCCUGUGCUAAUUCAGCCUUAUUUUCUCAUGAGCAAAUCCUCUUCCAAAUCUUCCCCCGUGGGCUUUGUUGGGUUCGACAGGUUUCAACCUUAAACCCGGAGACCCUAUGUAUAUAUUUAUAUAUAAUAUGUAUAUAUACUGGUAGACUGUACAGAUAUAGCUAGAGACAUAUGUAGUUCUCGACUGAUUUCAACUUAAUGGUAUUUUCACUCCUACUCUCUGCAGCAGUGAAAAUAAAAUGAUUCACAAGGGACCCA